AUGUUGCAAGUGCGUUCCCAGCUAUUGGCAACUUGCAAACAGUUCGCAAGGUCGUUGACAAAACGUUCCGCACAUAUGGAGCGCAAAGUAAAAGUAAAUGACCUUGAAAUAAAUAUAGUAGAAAGUGGAAAGGGCGAUAAAAGUGUGCUACUGAUGCCUGGGGCUUUGGGAUCCGCAUGGACAGAUUUCAAGCCCCAAAUAGAACAACUGCCUAAAUUACUGCCCAAUUAUACGGUUAUUGCCUGGGAUCCCCCUGGCUAUGGCAAAUCUAUUCCACCCAAGAGACAAUGGGGUCUAGAUUUCUUCCACAAUGAUGCCAGCUGCGCAUUGGACUUGAUGAAAGCGCUAAACAGACCAAAGUUUUCGAUAAUCGGGUGGAGUGAUGGCGGCAUUACAGGUCUUAUUGCGGCAGGACGUUAUAUCGACAACAUUGAAAAGUUGAUCAUUUGGGGUGCUGGUGCUUAUCUGGUACCGGAAGAAGUAGAAGCAUUUAAGAAUAUACGUGAUGUCAGCAAAUGGUCAGCACGUAUGCGCGAACCAAUGGAAAAGGUAUAUGGUGUCGAUAGAUUUGCUGAAUUGUGGGGUGAAUGGGUAGAUGCUGCAACUGCGUUUUACACCAAACGCAAUGGUGACUUCUGUAAAGGCGAAGUUGAGCAAAUCAAAGCACCAACAUUCAUACUGCAUGGCAAAAAGGAUCCUAUGAUUGCCGCAGAACAUAUUCCAUAUUUGAGAGAACGUAUCAAGGGCGUUAGAUAUCAUGAGUUCCCAGAGGGAAAACAUAAUAUUCACCUACGCUAUGCGGAGGAGUUUAAUAAACUCGUUGCUGACUUUUUAUUGCAAAAGUAA